AGCGCCCGGGCGCGAGAGAAAACGCGGCUCGACGUCAGGUGGUCCGGGAUGCCGAAGGGGCGGACCUAAACAAUCACCCUCGCCCCACCCAUGGCAGCUCUACUUCAGUGGAGGAAGUUCAACUUCUUUGAUGUUAAAGCAAAUAUUGAUGGAGGGAAGCUAGCAGAAGCUGUUAAGGGUGCAGAGGUAACAUGCACAGCUGCUGGUCGAGGCCAUGUUUACAUAGGGGAUUCAACUGGCUGUGUUCACAGCCUCACCAGACAGCUGAAACUUGACUCCUUUCAAGCUUUUGACAGGGCAGUCAAGUCUAUCACAGCCUUUGACCACACGAGCAUCAUCAUUACCGUUGCUGAUAAGAAUGAUGGACCCUCAGAGAUCAAGGUCUGGGCUCCAGACAAGGCUGAUAUUCAUGGUCAGCCACCUUGUCUCAGGACACUAUCCCCAGACCCCAGGCCAAACCAGGCUGGGAGUCGGGCUAGCUCUGGCCCCAACCAAGCAGGAAAAGUGCCUAAGGUCACAGCACUAGCUGUCCAUCCCAACUUGUCCCUCAUGGCUGUUGGUUUCCAGGAUGGCUCUGUCAUGCUUUAUCGAGGUGAGGUGAGUCGAGAUCGUGGCAGCAAACACAGAGUCUUGCUGACAGUCUCCAGCAGCAUUACAUCUCUCCAUAUCCGACAUAACACACGUGCAACUCAUCUCUUUGUCACCACAAAGAACAAUAUCUUUUGUAUUAAUUGCACUGCUAGAGAUAAAGAAACAACAGUUGAGCUAGAUUCUGUGGGUUGUGAGCCUGGUUGUGCUACACUGGCAGAUGGACGUCACGAACAUCAUUUCUUAGUGGCUAGACCAGAUGCUAUAUAUAGUUACACAAGUGACAGCCGUGGUUCAUGCUAUGUGUUUGAAGGAGAAAAGUCCAUGGUAGCAUGGUUUAGAGGAUACCUCAUAGUUGGCACUAUUGAUAAAGGAUUGCCUGCUAGCAGGGCUAGUGAAAGAAGCAUCACUGUUUAUGAUCUAACCAACAAGUUGGUGGCCCUGAGCACAAAGGUGAGGGGGUUAGCAGGGGUCGUAGGGGAAUGGGGAGGCCUCUACCUGGUCACAACAGAGCCUGCUAUGGUGCAUAUGUCAGAGAAAGACCUCCAGAGCAAGUUCCAACUACUGUUCAAGAAAAAUCAGUUUGAUAUUGCAAUAAGCCUGGCAAAAACACAGUGCUGUGACCAAGAGGAGGUGGCUGAAAUCCUGCGUCAGUAUGGAGAUUGGUUAUACAGUAAGGGCAACCAUCCAGCUGCAAUGGACCAAUAUAUCAAGACAAUCCCACAUCUUGAACCAUCAUAUGUUAUAAGAAAGUAUUUAGAUACUCAACAUAUUCACAAUUUGACAACAUACCUCCAAGCUUUGCACCGUUCUGGGUCAGCCACAGCAGAUCAUACAAGUCUUCUACUGAACUGUUAUACACGCUUGAGAGACACCCAACAGUUGGAUGAGUUUAUUAUGAGCAAAGAUGGGGCUGUGGAUUGUGAUGUGGAGCUUGGAGUGCGUGUGUGCCGCAGUGCCGGAUAUUACGAUCAUGCUCUUGCCCUUGCAGCUAAACACAAGCUACACCAUCAUCACCUUGCUAUCCUCAUUGAUGAUAAAAAGGAUUAUGUUGCAGCAUUAAGGUAUAUUAAAACUCUGGAUUUUGAGGAAGCUAAAUCAAGCGUAAUGAGGUAUGGAUCAGUGUUGCUGAAUCAUGUGGCUGAUGAGACAACAGAGCUUUUGAUAAGACUUUGUACUGACUACAAGCCAAGCAACACACCCCUUAUCAAAGAGGGUUCAUUGGAUGGCUACCUCACCCCAGAGGAACCAGUGUAUGGGGAUCCAGAGGAAUUUGAGUACCUUUUAGUGGGCCAUAGUGAGCAAGCCAUUGCAUUCCUUGAGAAGAUGGCAACUAUCCCUGGGAAACUGUCAGACAAGCUCUAUACAACCCUCUUGGCAGAGUAUUUGCACCAGUAUGGACUAGCCCCAGAAGGUCAGGAACAGGUGGUACUAGGUGAAAAAAUUAUGGAAUUGUUGCGUAAUACAGAGAGUGGUUGUAGCCGUGACCAUGCCCUGCUCUUGUGUGAUAAGCAUCAGUUUUAUGAUGGGAAGCUUCUUCUGUGGGAACAAGCAGGGAUGUCAUUGAAGCUACUUACCUCCCCAGAUUCUACAGCUCCCCCUGACCCACAAUAUCUAAUGACUUGCCUAAACAACAUAGAGGAGAAAACCUUAUUACCACCACUGGAGGUAGUUGAUCAGCUGGCUGCAUCCCCACACAUCACGCUAGGACAGGGGGGGAUUACCCCCAGUGCAACACAGUUUACAGCUACUAAAUGCAACAUUUGCAACAAUGAAUUAGAGCUGCCAUCUGUCCACUUUCUCUGCAGACAUUCCUUCCAUCAGCAUUGCUUUGAAAGUUAUAGUGAGAGUGAUGUCGAGUGUCCAGUCUGUCUGCCUGAAAAUAGGAAGAUGUUAGAAGUCAUCAAGGCUCAGGAAACCCACCGCAGCCAACAUGAUCAGUUUCAUGAACAGCUGGAAAGAUGUACUGAUUCCUUUUCCGUGGUUGCUGAUUACCUGGGUCGAGGGGUGUUCACUCAUCUCCAUACCUUGGCUACCAUGUAUCCUUCGCUCAACACCACAAAAAGCAUGCAGAGUAAAGUUGCACCUCCAAAGGCAUCCGCUUUUGUAGAGGACGCGACAGACACAGGUUCAGAAGCUAGAGUUAGAGCAGCGGAGCUUCCCAAGCAAAAUACAGGUGGAGUAGUCCCAGAGCCAGAAUCCAGAUUGCGAGUGCUGGAGAAAGUCACCCAGGGUCCCACAGGAGUUGGGAGUGAAGGUCGCCUGCGGAUGGGAGAACGUCGAGGACAGGGUAUUCUUGAAAUUGAGUCUGAAAGUAGACUGAGGGCCGAAGGGAGAAAAAUGGCUCAAACUUCCAGUGAGCCAGCUUCACAAGCCAUGCCUGAAGGGAGAGUAAGACAGGACAAGUCCAGCGCUGUCAUAACAAGUCCAACGGAAGGUAGGAUGAGAUCACAGAUAACAUCAAGUGUAACUGUCCCAGUGGCUGAGAGUCGCAUAAGGUCAAAUGACUCUGCAAGGAUGGGUGGCGCUAUGAAAGGAGCUGGUAGCAAGUAUGGUUCUUCCCUCCAUGACCACAUCACACCAUCACCCCCAACAGCUUCCAGGGAUAAAAGCCCCAAGAGGCCUUCACCAGUGGAAAGCAUAUCUACAGCACUCAGUAGCACACAUAUUUCUCGAAGCACUCAGAAGGUAUUAGAUAAUCCAUUUGAAGAGUCAGAUGCAGAUACCAAUAAUCCUUUUGGAGACGACUAUGAGACAGAACAGAUGGGAAACAACCCAUUUGAAGAUGACUAUGAUGAGUCUAAAAAUCCUUUUGCAUCUGAUUCCCCAGCCCACAAGAGUCCCGAUGAAAAGAAUCCUUUUGCUGAUGAUCCAAGCAAGGAUUAUGAAUCCAACUUGAAUCCAUUUGGGGAGGCAUAAGUGGUGACAUACAUUUUGAAACUAUUACUAAACAUACUUAUUUUAUUAUAUAUUUACACUACAUUUCAUAAUACAGAUAUGACUGAUAAGUGUGCAUAAGAGUAUAAAAUAAAGCUGUGAUAUUUAUCACAAGAGAAUAAGGAAUUAGAUAUGUAUGCACACUCACAAGCACUUAAUACCAAAUAUAUUUUCACUCCAUCUUAGAAAAUGUUUUCAUUAAAAGGAAGAUAAAAAAGCAAGAUGAAGAGCAUGUCAAGAUGAUGCAUAAUGAGAAACUGGCAAAUAAGCACACGUUUAUUUUCUAUAAAAAAUGGUUUGUACACAACAACUUGACAAGUAUUUUGAACAGGUUUUUAAGAUUGCAUCUCUUCUGGUAUUUUCUGUACUUUAAUACCAGAAGCAAAAUUUAUAAAUACAAGUAAUCUUUUCUCACUGUGGCUCUGUAUUUUAUGUAUUACAAGUGUGUAUGAAAUGCCAAUCAAUAUGUGUAUUGAUUUUUCACAGUAUUAAUUGCAGUACAUGCAUAUGAUUUGUAGUGAUUAUGGAAAAUGCAAUAUUUAAUGUAUAUAUUAGCAGAGUAUUGAGUAAGGAUUUGCAUUUCCCUAAACAGAAGUCUUGUAAUAUAUUAUUAAAGUAAAUAAUUAUAGUGUAGUUACAGUCACUAGAUCUUGAGGAAAAGAAAUUAUAUAAUUAUGUCCAUCUUCUUCCCAAUAAAUCUUUAAUUUUGA